GGAUUGUUUUGGCAACUGGCACCGAACACACGUUACACACCCACAUCCUUGUUCAGAUUUUAUUUCCCAUUACUUUUCCCAACCACUGUUAUUCAAACACUUCCAUAGAUAGAUGAUAGAUCUCCAUUUUUUCUUAUUUCUCUCUCUAACAAUUAAGAUGCUCCUUUCCCUUUCACUCUCUCUCCUCCUCCUCCUCCACCACAGCACCACCGCAAGUGGAAACACUACCUCCGACCAUGACUACCUAAAACUUCAACUCAUCCACAUUAAACCAUUCAAAACCCCUUCACAGAUCCUCCUCUUUGACACCCACCGUAUUCUCUCACUCCACCACCGCCAACACCACCAUCACCACCACACUAACCACAACCAUUUUGUCAAAUCACCCCUCAUCUCCGGCGCCUCAAUAGGCUCUGGCCAAUACUUCGCCGGAAUAUCCAUCGGAACUCCCCCUCAGAACCUCAUGUUGGUUGCCGACACAGGCAGUGACCUCACUUGGAUCAAAUGCUCCGCCUGCCGCGGCCCUAACUGCACCACCACUCACCCUCCUAACUCCGCUUUCUUCCCCCGCCACUCUCUCUCCUUCCGCCCUACUCACUGCUACGCUCCUGCUUGCCAACUCGUUCCUCACUCGCCCGAUUCCGCUCAUUGUACUCGUCCUCACACCCGACUACACUCCUCCUGCUUGUAUGACUACUCCUACGCCGACGGGUCCACCACCUCGGGUAUCUUCUCCAGAGAAACGACAUCUUUUAACUCAACCUCUGGUAAGUUAAUCCAUGUCCCAAAUCUCAGCUUCGGGUGCGGGUUUCACGCUUCGGGUCCUGCCGUUUCCGAUACGGGUUUCGACGGUGCUACUGGGGUAAUGGGUUUGGGGCGUGGGCCCAUUUCAUUCGCGGCCCAGUUAGGAAGAAGGUUCGGGAACAAAUUCUCCUACUGUUUACAAGACUACACAUUCUCACCUCCUCCAAUUAGCUACCUCAUGAUAGGCGGAGGCCACGACGUCGUUUUAAAGAAAGAGAAGGGUAAGGGUUAUCAUCCGGUGCGGUCGACUCCACUGAUACAAAGUAAACCCUCACCCACAUUUUACUACAUUAGUAUUCAAACCGUGAUCAUUGACGGUGUGAAAUUACCGAUUAACCCCUCAGUGUGGGCUCUUGACAACCUCGGUAACGGUGGAACUGUCAUAGACUCCGGCACGACGUUAACGUUUGUUCCCGAGGCUGCUUAUCGUGAGAUCCUAACGGUAAUGAGAAAACGCGUGAAGUUGCCUCAACUCGGUGAACUGACUCAGCAGUUUGAUCUCUGUGUCAACACGUCCGGGGUGAACCGGCCAAGUCUUCCUAGGAUGAGUUUUAUACUCGGUGGUGACUCGGUGUUUAACCCGCCGCCUCGUAAUUAUUUCAUUGACGUGGCGGAGGACGUUAAGUGCCUGGCUUUACAGACCGUUAUCUCGCCGUCGGGAUUUUCUGUGAUUGGUAAUCUUAUGCAACAGGGGUUCUUGUUUGAAUUCGAUAACGAUGGUUCACGGCUGUUGUUUUCACGUAACGGUUGUAGUGGAGGUCCACAUCCGUGAUUUUGAAUCUGAUUGAUAUUAUAUUUGUUUGAUUGUAGACGAUUUUAUUGAGUCCGGAUAUUGUACAUCGCAUCUAUUUUUUGAACUUAUUUUUUGAAAAUGCCUCAUUAUUAUAUAUCCAACUAACUUUUUUUUA